GAAAAAAAGUUCCAAAAAGGAUUGUAGGGAUAAGCAUCGGCUCACAGGAAAUGAAUAAAUUUAUGCACGGGAAGUUGUAGGGUGAUGUAGAGAGCGUUGUUUGCUUGCUACUUCGUCUAGUGGUGGUGGUGGGUGGUUUUAACAAAUCUGUGGUGGAGAAGCUACUGUUUAUCAUAAGUUUUGGAGCUCAUCUCUGCAUCUAGCCAUGGCGGCUAGGAGGAUCUCCUCGUUGCUCUCUCGUUCUCUCUCUGUCUCUUCUGCUUUUUCUCUUUCUCUAGGCAAAAAUUUCAACAGAGGGAAAAGCAUCCAUCGCUUUAGCACUGCAGCAGCAGCAGUUGAAGAACUCAUCACUCCAACUGUUCAGAUAAAUUACACUCAACUUCUAAUUAAUGGGCAAUUUGUAGAUGCAGCAUCGGGAAAAACAUUCCCAACCUUUGACCCUCGCACGGGAGAAGUGAUUGCUAAUGUUGCAGAAGGUGACGCAGAAGAUAUCAAUCGGGCAGUGUCUGCUGCUCGAAAGGCGUUUGAUGAAGGACCAUGGCCAAGGAUGAGCCCCUAUGAAAGGUCACGGAUAUUGUUGCGGUUUGCUGAUUUAGCCGAGAAACACAAUGAUGAGCUUGCAGCUCUAGAGACAUGGAAUAAUGGGAAGCCAUAUGAACAGGCUGCCAAAGCUGAAUUGCCACUGUUUGUUCGUCUAUUUCGCUAUUAUGCAGGUUGGGCAGAUAAAAUCCAUGGUUUAACAGUUCAGGCUGAUGGCCCACACCAUGUUCAGAUAUUGCACGAGCCAAUUGGUGUUGCGGGACAGAUUAUUCCCUGGAAUUUUCCUCUUAUGAUGUUUGCUUGGAAAGUUGGACCUGCACUAGCAUGUGGUAAUACCAUUGUCCUAAAGACAGCAGAGCAAACACCUUUGACUGCUUUCUUUGCGGCAAAGCUAUUUCAUGAGGCUGGUCUUCCUCCCGGUGUUUUAAAUAUCGUGUCUGGCUAUGGUCCGACUGCUGGUGCUGCUCUUGCUAGUCAUAUGGAUGUGGACAAGAUUGCUUUCACGGGGUCGACUGAUACUGGUAAGAUUGUACAAGAAUUGGCUUCAAAAAGCAAUCUUAAACCAGUAACGCUAGAGCUUGGAGGUAAAUCACCUUUCAUUGUAUGUGAGGAUGCUGACAUUGAUCAAGCUGUAGAGCUAGCACACUUUGCUCUGUUCUUUAAUCAGGGACAAUGCUGCUGUGCUGGGUCUCGGACAUUUGUUCAUGAGAGUGUAUACGAUGAGUUUAUUGAGAAAGCAAAGGCACGUGCUCUGAGUCGCACGGUCGGUGAUCCUUUCAAGAAGGGCAUCGAGCAAGGUCCUCAGAUCGACCCAGAGCAAUUUGCGAAGGUUCUCAGAUACAUAAGAUCUGGUAUUGAAAGCAAUGCCACCCUUGAAUGUGGAGGUGGAAGAAUUGGCUCAAAAGGCUACUUUGUCCAACCCACUGUUUUCUCAAAUGUUCAGGAUGAUAUGCUGAUUGCAAAGGAUGAGAUCUUUGGCCCUGUACAAUCCAUCUUGAAAUACAAGGACCUUGAUGAAGUGAUUAGGAGGGCAAAUUCAACGCGAUACGGUCUAGCAGCAGGGGUGUUCACAAAGAACAUCAACACUGCCAACACCUUGACAAGAGCAUUGAGAGUGGGGACUGUAUGGGUGAAUUGCUUCGAUGUGUUUGAUGCUGCAAUCCCAUUUGGUGGGUACAAGAUGAGUGGAGUAGGAAGGGAAAAGGGAAUCUACAGCCUCAAUAACUACUUGCAGGUGAAGGCUGUGAUUACUCCACUGAAGAAUCCAGCUUGGUUGUGAGCCUGUCCCAGUGUCGCCCAUUACAAAUAAAGAUGAUCAUAGAUGCAUCAAUCUGUUAUUGCGCCCAUAUCAUCAGACCCCCUUUGCUUGUUUUCACUUUGACUGCCUCCAGACUCCAGAGGAUAUAUCACCAACUCUUAUCAAACUUCAGCUCUGCCUCCUGCCUUGUUAUCAAGUGGUUUGCAUAUGAUAUUUUCUUGAUGAGUGAAGUCUAUUUUUCUGCCAACCUCUUUUAUUUUAUU